CCUUCGUUCAUUGCAAUCCCCUCUCGCUCGUUCCCUGAUUUCCAAGCUCGACUUCUCUUGCCGUCCACCUGGCAAUGGUGUAGCGCCACCGCGAGCGCAUCUAGGCGCAUCAACCGUUUGACCUCCAACCGCCUCGAUGCGAGCGGUACUGCCGGGGAGGCCCCAAACGAAGCUCCAGUCUUUCAGCACGGCGCUGUGGGAUGGUCUUCGCAUCGUUGUGUACAUCUCUGGCCAUGCACUGGUGAUCCUCGGCGGUCCGCACCAGCUUCUACAAACCAUCUAUGUCGACGAUACCGACGCCCUGGAGGCGGUCACUAUAGAUGAAGUCUCUGGAAAGAUUGCCGUGUGUGGUGGACCGGACGUGUUUAUAUAUCAACCAUAUGGAAUUCAGCAUGAAACAUUGAAGUGGUCUCUAGUGCAAACAUUUCGCAGCGACGACGACAAUGAGACGAUCCGUACCCUGUCAUGGGGCUCUUCCGACGAGCUGCUUCUGGGCAACUCACACCUCACCCUUUGGUUUUUGAACGAUAACCCGCGUCAAGUGUGGAAGCAGAAGCUGGCGAACCCGGUCAAGUUUGCGCGAUUCUCGCCCGACGCGACUUUGUUAGUCACCACGGGGCAUUACGAUCGCAUGUUGAAAGUAUGGCGACGGCUCGCGUUCGGUACUGAUAUUCGGUUCGAGGUCUCGUAUCUUCCCCACCCGACCGUCAUCACCGGGAUACAUUGGCGGAGACCCUACCAUCGGGAGCAAUCUAUGGACAACGUGUUCUAUACCUUGUGCGCGGACAAUAAGAUUCGGGUGUGGGCGACCAUCGAUCACCAUGCUCCGGCUGCCCUACAACUAUGGGCGCAAAUCGACAUGGCUACCUCGGUUCAGCCAAGGCAUGCAACAGACAAAAGCGACACAACCCGCCGGUAUGGGUUUAUCGUUGACAGCCGGGACUUUUGCAUGGCCACGGAGCGAGCUGUGCAGAGGAGUACGGGGAAUAAGGAUAAUCACACGCUGGAGCAUAUCAUUGAAGUUGCGAACAAGAGCCCGGAAGUUUGCGUGGUGAUAGAUGGACAAGGGCAUAUGUCGGCCUGGGCCUUGGAAGAUGUUGGGUCCAAGGCCAAAUCCGAACUGAACAUGUUCAAUAUCUUGCAUGUGGAAGGGUUGAAUUUCGCUUUGAUGCCUGGUAUCUCCCAGGAAGAAGACUAUGCGCAGCUGUAUGCAUUUCAAGGUGCAGAGCCGGGCGACUCGAUCAGUGUCUUGGUCCAUCAUUUCGACGGCCGAAUUGAGUGGUUUGACUCGCCAGUUGAUGUGCUCUUCGAUCCCGCGCCGCGCCAAAACCGGGUCGCCAUGAAGGCGUCUUGGACCGGACACAACGGGCCUAUUAAGAAGAUCGUUCGUAAUGCUAUUGGUCAUACGCUUGCCUCGCGCACGGAUGAUAACAAGGCGUUGAUCUGGAGACAAAAGCAACGAGACAAUGGCACGGUGCUUCUUCGCCAGAGCUCGUUGUUCUCCAAGGAACAUAUCCAUCGCAGCUGUGUGCUCGAAGAUGGAGACUUUCUCGUCAACCUCCAUCACAAUGCGAUUUCCUUUUGGGAUAUUCGCCCAUUCCAUGCCAAAAAGCUGGCCGCUACGACCUUUCAACUAUCAAGCAAACCGCUAUGUGUCUUGCCGAUUCCUACUGCCGAAAAGAACGGGGUAGUAUAUGUAGCAACGAUCGGGGCGAGCAUGGAUGGAAUCGCCUGGGAGUUUCGACUGCCAACUGCCGAGCAAACCAAUGGGAAGGCCGAUGGUGCUCCCUGUCAGCUCCGGAAAUUCUGUACUUUCCAUCUGGGCCUGGAUGAAGACAUGGCUUACAUCUUGCCUGUCGAUCCAGCCGGCCGCAAAGCGGAAAUGUCUGGAUUCUUUGAUCUCUUCUCGCCCGAUAUAGCGCUAUCAUAUACCAAGACUGGUAUUGUCCGAACAUGGACGGCCAAGAUCGAAAGGGAAAAGAGUCGCGUUGAAUGGCUUUUGACUUCGACGGUCGAGACGGGCAUUACGAAUCCGACCCUUGCCAGCGGAAGCUCCAUCAGGAAAGCUGCUCUGGUGGAUGAAGACCGUACGCAUCUGACGAUCUGGGAUAUGAACGAUGCGCAGCUCGAAUUCGAGGACCAUUUCUCGCAAGGCGAAAUCAUCCGUGACCUUGACUGGACAUCGACUCCCGACAUGCAGUCAAUCCUAGCCGUUGGCUUUCCUCAUAAAGUCAUUUUACUAUCCCAACUUCGUUAUGACUACCUUGACUCGCGUCCGUCGUGGACGCAGAUCCGCGAGAUCUGGAUUCGCGAUCUCACCCCUCAUCCGAUCGGCGAUUCAUGCUGGCUUAGCAAUGGCUGCCUUGCCAUCGGAGCUGGGAACCAACUCUUCGUCUAUGGAAAUGAUAUAGACUCUGCGGAUCACCUGGUCACUCAGCUGCGCAUUCCAGCUCGCGGGUCACCUACGGUUGACCUCUUUGAGAUUGUCAGCCGGCUGAAUGGGCCGCUGCCUGUUUUCCACCCGCAAUUCCUGGCUCAGUGCAUCCUGAGCGGCAAGAACAAUCUGGUGCACGCUGUCCUCAUGAAUCUCCAUCGCAAACUCAAGUUCCACACGGAAGGUGAUGACGUCGAUGGCUUCUUGGACAUGCCUUUGGAGGAUUUCUACGCGGAACAUGAUACCCCGCAAAGAGCCACAUCCAAAGAGAUGAAUUCCUCAUAUGCGGACCUUUCUCUGGAGGAUGAGUCAACAGUAGUGGAUGAAAAUACAGCUGUAAUGCUCAACGAGAACCUGGCACGUUUCGCUCUGCCCCAGCUUUCUAGUCAAGAGCAAUUUCGUCUUGUGGACACGAUCGAGUGCGUUGCGACUGUUGAGAAGCAUCGGCGCUCAAUGGAUGACAACGCUGCUCGAUAUCUUCUCUUCUUCCGGCAGCAUAUGCUGCGCAGGAGCCAAGGCGUGGCGAACAAGGACACGGUUUCCUGGCGAGAAAUAGUCUGGGCUUUCUAUAGCGGCAGCCAGGACAUCUUAGUCGACCUUGUGUCUCGACAGUUCAGCGGAAAGCUGACGUGGAAGGCGGCUAGAGAGAGCGGGAUGUUCAUGUGGCUGUCUAACGCUGCUGCCGUGCGAACGCAACUGGAGGUCGUUGCCCGGAAUGAGUAUACCAAAAGCGAAGACAAGAACCCGAUCGACUGCUCACUGUACUACCUCGCCUUGAAGAAGAAGAACGUUCUUCAGGGUCUGUGGCGAAUGGCGCAUGGACAUCGCGAGCAAGGUGCAACGCAACGACUGCUUUCCAACAACUUUCAGGAACAGCGAUGGAAGACGGCGGCUUUGAAGAACGCAUAUGCCUUGCUUGGAAAGCGAAGAUUUGAAUAUGCUGCCACGUUCUUCCUUCUUGCCGACCAUUUGCGUGAUGCUGCUCUAGUCUGCAUAAACCAAGUCGGCGACCUUCAGCUGGCCAUUGCCAUUACGCGUGCGUACGAGGGAGAUGACGGUCCGGUUCUGAAGGAAAUCCUGGAAGAGAAGGUCCUGCCUGAGGCUGCUUCUGACGGCAACCGGUGGAUGGCUUCGUGGGCUUUUUGGAUGCUGGGACGUCGAGGACCGGCAGUUCGGUCGCUGAUUUCCCCCGUCGAGUCACUUAUCCCCGAGACUCCUGCAUCUCCAGGCAGCCCCGGAAUAAUCCCCCUACAAGCCAAGUCAUAUUUAUCCAACGACCCCGCAUUAGUCGUUCUAUACAAACAACUGCGCGAAAAGACGCUACAAACAUUGAAAGGUGCAUCGAAAGUGUCCGCGCAAGCAGAGUGGAGUUUCGUCAUCCGCAACGCCCGUCUAUAUGACCGCAUGGGCUGUGAUCUACUUGCUCUCGAUUUAGUACGUCACUGGGAGUUCCUGGGCGGACCUCCCUCGCCUCAACCAGCUAAAGACACACCGCUCGAGCUGCAGGACGACGGCGUUGAUUAUCGCAAGAUGCUGCGACGACGUAGUAGUCUGGUGGUUGCGGAUCUGCCGAUCAAGGAUGGUCUGCGGCAGAGUAUCCAGGCGGCUGUGGCGCCGAAACCGAAGCCGAAACCACCGCCGACGACGUUCCAAGAGCCGGAUGCCAAUUCUUUACUUGAUAGUUUUGGGUUCUAGCCUGUUUCAGUGGCAUGACUGUAUGGUUAACAGUGCAUAUGUCUGGCUGGCUUAGUUGAUUUGCUGUAGUUACAGCCAUAUCGAAUGUUCUUUCCACCUUCCUGUAUAAUAUUUCUAUGCCGUAUGGAUUCCAGUCACAUACCCAGCACCCAACUUUAAGUGUAUC